AACUGUCACGAUUAAAGUUGUAGCUUAAGGUGCUAUCACACGAUCUAUUCUCAUUUUUGACAAUUAUGCGUCUUAUAAUAAUGCUUCUGUGGUGGUUUACAUGCGUAAACGAAUUGCAGAACAUCGUUUCAGGAAAUGACGAAGUGCCGUACGUCUAGUAGCUAAUAAAAUUUCUGAUUUUUAUCGCGGUUACGCUGAUGCAAGUCGUGCAACGUCGCCUUUAUUAGACAAAAUAAAAUGCCCGAGAGGGACAGAGCACCUGUCACACACGCUAGACAAAAAUCAACGAACUCGUUUCCUAUUGGCCACCGUCGUAACCGUUUUGUUCAAAAAUGACAGUUAGCGGUUUGAGCUUAUUCCGAGACAGAUGAUGGUUGGGGUUUACUUUUAAAUUUUAAACCGUUUGCUUGUUUUCAGUUAAUAGUGUUUUAAAUCUUGUUAUAUAGUUUUAAGUGUACAUCUAAGAUGUUUUUUCAAUUUUCGCCCCCUCUCAGACAACCUGAGAAAAAAACUGUCGCAAAAAAGGCCGAAGUGGAACCCAACGUGUUGACAUUGGCCCCGUUUUCGAAAAAUCCGAAAAUCUGUUUUGAAAAUGUAAAAGUUGGACAGGCUGCUGUUGAGACUUUAAUUAUUAAAAACCCCACAAACCACAAACUUGAAGUAACUGCGCACCUAAAUGUCGACGACAAAACCAACCUCCAACUACAGUGGUCAUCAAAAUCCCUCCAAGAGGGCGAAGAACAAACCCUCGUCCUCCACUGGACCCCCACGGAGGCAGGAGCGUGGCGCUACCUCCUCCACAUCACCGCCGGCAGCCGCAUAUCCUGCGACAUCCCAGUGCUCUUAAAGUCGGCAACUUCCGCCAAAAAAAAAAACCCAAAAAGCAGAACCUUCCCCCGUUUCGCUACAAAGAAAACCACAUCACCCAUCAACCUCAUGAAACGAAAAUCCCCACAGAAGAGACCGGUUCUGCCCAAUAUUACGAACAUUCCCGAACUUAGACUAAUACCAGCCGACGGCCUGUACGCCGGCAAGGAAAACGCGUUCUUACGGAGAGAAACGUUCAUCGUGGGAACAAAUCUUCCGUUGACCGAAGAUAGUCUGGAAAGGGUCGCUGAUGUCUCGUUUGAAAGAAAAUUACAAGUGCAUUGUUCGGAAUUUUCCGUGCUUACUCCUGUGGCUGCCUUCCGACCGGAACAUUGUUCCAGCGAGGAAAAGUCUGUUAGUAGAGUGCAUUUUAGUGGGAAAAGUUUUCAGUUAUUCCCUGACGAAACGACAGAAAAUGAUUUGCCGCUUGAAAAUAGCGGAGAUUUUGGUAUAUCUCCUAUAACAUACACCAGAAAUAUUAAAGAUAUAUACAUCUCUCCAGCGGUAUAUAGAGAUAUAAGAAACAGAGGUGUUAAACACAGGAAUUCAUCUCCUAUAAUGCAGACCAAGACUGUCAGAAAUGUAACUUUCUCUCCAGACACGUUCGCUAAAGAUCUUAGAGAUAUCAAUAUAUCUUCCGUUACGUUUAGUAAAGACGUCCAAGAAAUAAAUAUAUCGUCAGAAACGUACUCUAAAGAAGCGAACGUUUCCACAGAAACAUACACCAAGGACGCUAGAGACGUAAAUAUCUCUUCUGAAACGUACACAAAAGAUCUUAGUUCGAAUACGUUCACUCUAGAAGUCUCAGAUCACGACACCGACAACUGUCCUACACCCACAAGCAGCAAAAAAGCCCGCUUGGACAGUUUAGCUGGGUUUUCGGUACGUGACACCAUCCAUGCAGGUCUAUGGACAAAUACAGCCCUCCCCUUGUCUACCAUUAAAGAAGUACCAUCGCUAUCCACCAUCGAAGAAAAAAGUAUAUCUAGAACCCUUCCUCUGAAACACAAAACCAACAUGACUUUCACCGUGUCACCUAAGCGUCUAAAACUAGAAGAACCACUUCGUCCAGAAUGGACUGAGGCACACACAGCUGCCAUAAUUGACCCACAAAUGGGUGAAUUUUUGGACAGGCAACAAGACAACCUCAAACGAUGGUUGAACGCCAUUUUGGCACCUCCAAAGGGCUUGGAAUCCAACGAUGAAGGGCACACGAUGGACGUGGUGAAGCUGUGGCGAGAAUGCCAGAAGAAACAAGACAAUGUCAGCACUGUUAGCGUAGACACAAGCAGUGCGAAUUUAAAAAGCGUGCGCAGAAACGCUUUACGCUUGUACAAAUCUACCGAAGUCCAGAGUGUUUUAGAAAAGGUGUGGAAAGCCGUAGACGAUAACCGGUUGAUGAUCAGAAGCGACAGAGACAUCCACUUGGAUCUAGCCCUUCAGUCUGAUAUAAUGAGGGUACUUUUGAGUUACAACCCACUGUGGUUGCGCGUUGGGUUGGAGAGCAUCUACGGUAGAAUGAUCCCGCUUAAAUCGAACUCAGAUCUCUUAGGUUUGACGACGUUCAUUUGGGAGAAGCUAAUCAGAGAUCCGUUCCUUCUCAAGAAGCAUAAGUCGAUACAUACAAAUAACUAUAAAGUGGGUAUUAAAAAAGCCAUCCUCAAGCGAAUUCUAGCGCUGAUCUACUUUCUAGAUGUUUCUAAAAAGAACAAACUGAUAUCGCAUGAUCCGUGUCUCUUUUGUAAGAACGCCCCUAUAAAAGAGAGUCGAGACGCUCUUAUCUCUUUCGCAAGAGAUACUGUAGCGUCUAUGGGUGAUAUCACCAAAUUUCUGAAACACUUCGGGUACAUCUUGUCCCACAAACAGACCUAUCUAGAUGAAUUCGACUACACGGUUAAAGUACUCGGUACGGAUUUACGCGACGGAGUCCGCUUAACCCGCGUCAUGGAGAAAAUCUACCUCGAUAACACACUAAGCAAAAACUUGCGCGUCCCGGCGAUUUCCCGCUUGCAGAAAGUCCACAACGUGAAAAUCGCAUUCGAAGUACUACUAAAGAACGACUUCGAGCUAAAGUACGAUAUAGUACCCAAAGACAUAGUGAAUGGACACAAAGAAAAAACUUUGUGUUUCUUGUGGCAAAUCAUCUACAAAUUACAAACUCCGUUAAUGGCCAGAAGCGUCACAACGAUAACCCGGUGGUGGCGCAGCGAAGCAAUUCUUCUCAAACGGGAAGAAUUAAGGAAGAUCAGGACCGAACGGGAAGAAGCGGCCACGAAAAUACAACUGUGGUACCGACGGAAGACGGGCUGGCACAUCAAGAAAAUGAUGAAGAAACGUGAAGAAGCAGCAACGAAAAUCCAGAGCUGGGUUAGAAGAUUUCUGGCCCAGAAAAGGUUUGAUAAGUUGAAACGCGCAGUUGCGAUAGUGGAAGAAAGAUAUGUUGCGAGGAAACUAAUGAUGGUGGUUAGAAUGAAAUACGAAACGUUGAAGUGGGCGACGUUGGUUAUCCAGAGAACGUUCAGGUCGUAUAGAGAAAUGAAACUCCAACGAGAAUAUUAUCAAGUGUUGAGGUACAGCGUAAUUCUCGUUCAGAUGAGGUUCCGAGCGAACCAACUUAUGAAAACAGAGAGGGAAUAUUUUCUACAAUUGAAACACAGUGCGGUUAUUAUCCAGACAAGGUUCCGAGCUAAUCGAUUAAUGAAAAUGCAACGUGAAAAUUAUCUACAAUUAAAAUAUGCAACCAUUGUGAUUCAGAAGAGGUUCAUUUCUAAUCAGUUGAUGCAAAUCGAACGAAAACGGUAUGCACAAUUACGACGAAGCGCGACUAUGGUUCAGAGGAGGUUCCGCGCGAACCAACUUACGAAAAAGGAGAGAGAAUAUUUUCUACAGUUGAAAUCAAGUGCAAUUAUUAUCCAGAGGUGGUUCCGGGCCAGUCAUUUAAUGAAAACAGAAAAGGAAUAUUUUCUGCAGUUGAAACAAACCGUGAUUGGUAUCCAGACAAGGUUCCGCGCCACCCAAUUAAUGAAAACACAAAGAGAAUAUUUUCUGCAACUAAAGCAGAGUGUGAUUGUGGUUCAGCAGAGGUUCCGCGCUAAACAACUAAUGAAAUUAGAAAGAGAAUAUUAUCUGCAAACCAAAGAAAGUGUAACUGUGGUCCAGAGGUGGUUCCGUGCCUACAAAUUAAUGAAAAUGGAGAAAACGUAUUUUCUUCAAUUAAAACGAAGCGCGACUAUCGUGCAGAGAAGGUUCCGCGCCAAUCAACUAACUAAAACACACAGAGAAUAUUUUCUGCGAUUAAAACGGAGUGUUAUUGUCAUCCAGCGCACGAUUCGCGCCUAUCGCUUAAUGCAAACAACGAGAGAAUAUUUUCUACAGUUGAAAAAGUACACUGUUUUCAUUCAGAGAAAAUUCCGCGCCAACCAGUUGGUGAAAAUUGAACGACAAUAUUAUCUACAAUUAAUCAGAAGCGUGACUAUUAUUCAGACGAGGUUCCGAGCCAACCAAUUAAUGAAAUACGAAAGAGAAUAUUUUCUUCAGUUCAAACGAUGCGCGAUUUUAAUGCAGAGGAGGUUCCGUGCCAAUCACUUGACAAAAGUAGCGAAAGAAUAUUUUCUGCAAUUAAAGAAAAGUGUGAUUAUUGUUCAGAGGAGGUUCCGCGCCAACCAGGCUAUGAAAAUCGAACGACAAUAUUACCUGCAGUUAACCCACAGUGCCAUUAUUAGUCAGAGGAGGUUCCGCGCCAACCAAUUAAUGAAAUCAGAAAAAGAAUAUUUUCUACAAUUAAAACAAAGCACAGUUGUUAUUCAGAGAAGGUUCCGUGCCAGCCAGUUGAUGAAAACCGAACGACAAUAUUACCUACAAUUGAACAAAAGCGUCUGCAUCGUUCAAAAGAGGUUCCGGGCCAACCGACUAAUGAAACUAGAAAGAGAAUAUUUUCUACAGUUGAAACGAAGUGUGAUUGUCGUUCAGAGGAGGUUCCGUGCCAACCAACUGAUGAAACUAGCUAGAGAAAAUCUUCUGCAGUUACAGAAAAGUGUGCUUAUUGUCCAGAGGAGGUUCCGCGCCAACCAGGCUAUGAAAAUCGAACGACAAUAUUACCUGCAGUUAACCCGAAGCGUCAUUAUUAUUCAGAGGAGGUUCCGCGCCAACCGGUUAAUGAAAUCAGCGAAAGAAUAUUUCCUACGACUAAAACAGAACGCGAUUCUCGUUCAGAGAAGGUUCCGAGCCAACUACUUAAUGAAAUCAACACGAGAACAAUUUCUGCAAUUAAAACAAAGUGUCGUUGUUAUCCAGAGAAGGUUCCGCGCCUACCUAUCCAUGAAAACCAACAGACAAUAUUUUGUACAAUUACGACAAAGCGUCGUUCUUGUUCAGAGGAGGUUCCAAGCCAACCGACUUAUGAAAAUACAACGCCAACAAUACUCACAAUUCAGAUUUAGCGUGGUUUUAAUCCAGAAACGAUUCCGCAGCCAUCAGUUGAUGAAAUUUCAACAACAAAAUUAUCUACAACUACGACAAAGCGUUGUUCUCGUUCAGAGAAGGUUCCGCGCCAACCAACUAAUGAAACUAGAAAAAGGGCACUUUGUUCAGUUGCGACAACGUGUGAUUCUUAUACAAAGAAUAUUCCGGGCCAAUCAAAUCAUGAAAAUUGAACACCGAAUGUAUUUAGAGUUAAAAAGGGUAGUGGUUUUGGUUCAGAGGAGGUUCCGCGCAAACCAGUUGAUGAAAACCGAACGAGAAUAUUAUCUACAGUUGAAACAGAGUGUGGUUCGCGUGCAGAGGAGGUUCCGCCUUAAGCAGUUAAUGAAACCAGAAAGGGGAUAUUUUCUACGACUACGACAAAGCACGGUGAUAACCCAGAGGAGGUUCAGAGCGCUGCAGCUAAAGAAAAUACAACACGACUAUUAUAUGAAAUUAAAACGGUUUGUGAUCGUGGUACAGAGACGAUUUAGAGCCAAUCAACUAACGAGAAUCCAACGCGAACAUUAUGAAACGUUAAGACGAAGCGCGAUCCUCGUGCAGAGGAAAUUCCGCGCGAAGUUAGCAACAAGAGUGGAUUAUAGCAAUUUCCAAAAAUUAAAACAAGCCGCUGUCUGCAUCCAAAGGAAAUGGCGUGUUAAAGUCGCAGUGGAAUUGGAAAAGCGAAGAAAAGAAAAUGCGGCGGCUGCAAGGAUUCAGGCUACGUGGAGAGGCUACAAAAUGCGGCAAUGUCUAGAACCGAAGUUGUUGAAAAUCUACCAACAGUUGAAGACCGCUAACGAGAACGCGAGACCUGAAAAUACUUUAGGGUCUCGAUGCGUCAUUUGCGUUUUCCAACUGACAACGAAGAUGAGUGUCGAAACCAUGACUAUUUUGGUUCAAGAUCUCGACUACAUUACAAGAAGGUGCCAACAAAGUUUACGGACGUACGGGUCGAAGUUAAUAGAGCCUCUCUACAACGUGAUCAAUUCCACCAACAGAUCAGUGCUUGAAACUCAACUCAGCACGGCAGCUGUCAAUGUCUUGAUCAAUGUGUACAGAUAUAAGCCUUCCAGACCGCAUGUGUGGGUCCCUGAAUAUAUGGAAAGUCUCGUAACUGUGAUGUUACACUUCUGUGAUAAAGAAAAUCCCCUGUUUCCGACACUGUGUACACUUUUAUAUUUCUUUCUGAAAAAUGAAGAAUACAAGAGCGUCAUCACCAACACUCCUAAGUUUCGCGAUAAAAUGAGGCUGAUUAAGGACAAGGCGGACAGGAAGAUGCGAAUGGUGCAGAAGGUGAAGAGCGCUACGCAGAACGACUCCUUCUUCCGCGUUCGCCAAAAUCUACCCCUGCCCGUAGACACUCCAGAUUGGGGAUUAGAUUACAAAAAAAAGCCAAGAGUUUUCUUAAACUCGGUUCAAGCUGUCGAUACCAUUAUUGCUAUUUUAACUGUGUAAACUAGAUGUAAAUAAAUUUUUAACGUUA